UCAUCUCUACACAUCGAUUUGAAAUUCCCCUAGCCGUUUUUGUUUUAUCAUGACAAAAUUGCUAAAAAAUGCAUUGGUCGCCGCGAUCGUAUUGUUUCCCGCCACGGCCCUCGCGGAGUGCACGUGCGAGGCCGAGGAGGGGGACCGCGACAAGACGCUGGCGCUAAAAUACAAAUUGGCAGCGCUGGCGUCCAUUUUAGCGGCCGGGGCCGCGGGCGUGUGCCUCCCGGUGCUGGCGAAGUGGGUUCCGGCGCUCAGCCCCGAGCGGAGCCUCUUCUUCGUGGUGAAGGCGUUCGCGGCCGGGGUGAUCCUCUCCACGGGGUUCAUCCACGUGCUGCCCGACGCCUUCGAGAGCCUGACGUCGCCGUGCAUCCCCGAGCACCCGUGGGGGGAUUUCCCCUUCACGGGUUUCGUCGCUAUGCUGGCGGCGAUCGGGACUCUCAUGGUCGAUACCUAUGCCACGUCGUACUAUGGCCGCCGAUCGAGGGUGAAGUCGGAGGGCGGGGAUGAGGAGAGAGCGGUGGGGGCCCACACGCACGCCGUGCACGGACAUGCACAUGGGCCGGUGUCGGUCAAUGCCGGUUCCGGCGACACCGAACUACUCCGCCACCGUGUCAUCUCACAGGUGUUGGAAUUAGGUAUUAUUGUACACUCAGUCAUUAUUGGAAUAGCAUUAGGGGCUUCGGAAAGUCCAAAGACAAUAAAGCCCUUGAUUGCUGCUUUGACAUUUCAUCAAUUUUUCGAAGGCAUUGGUCUUGGAGGAUGCAUUGCUCAGGCAAAGUUUGACGCACGUGCGGUGGCAAUAAUGGCAAUUUUCUUCUCUCUCACAACGCCAGUGGGCAUCGCUAUAGGCAUUGGAAUAACCAACAUCUAUAGUGAGACGAGCCCGACAGCCCUCAUCGUGGAAGGGGUCUUCAAUUCGGCAUCGGCCGGCAUACUAAUAUACAUGGCAUUGGUUGAUCUUCUCUCGGCUGAUUUCAUGAGCCCUAAGCUCCAAAAUAAUGGAAAACUUCAACUAGGGGCAAAUUUGUCACUUCUCAUUGGGGCAGGGUGUAUGUCCCUUUUGGCCAAAUGGGCUUAAUAUAUUCAUUCAGAAUUAUUUGUAAGUAAUUUUAGUAGUAUUAUUCAAAUUUUGACAUUUUGUUCAAUAUGAGAAAAUACUAUUCAAUUUUACCGUUGGUAAUAUUGUGUAAAAAAUGAGGAGUGCAGAGGCUUGAAAUUUGUGUGAAAGGAGAAAUAUUGUGUGAAAAUGAGGAGUGUUUGGCUUGAAAAUAUUUGUGGGUGAUUGGAGAGAUGUAUUUCUUUAUUUCUGUAUUUUGAUCGAAUUAUUCAUUUGAUUA